AUGGCCACUUCAGUGAGGACGUUCCCAGUUGCCCUGUGGACACCAACGCCGGCUCCCUGGCCAGGAGGAAACACCACCGCGGAGACAAAGUGUGUCUUCAACGAGGAGUUCAAGUUCAUCCUUCUGCCUGUCUCCUACAGCAUUGUCUUCGUGGUGGGGCUGCCCCUCAACUCCUGGGCCCUGUGGAUGUUCAUCUCCAGGAUGAGGCCUUGGAACGCCACCACCACCUACAUGUUCAACCUGGCCGUCUCCGACACGCUCUAUGUCCUCUCCCUCCCCACCCUGGUCUACUAUUAUGCCGACCGCAACAACUGGCCCUUUGGGAAAUGGCUCUGCAAGGUCGUGCGCUUCCUUUUCUACGCUAAUCUCUACAGCAGCAUCCUCUUCCUGACGUGUAUCAGCGUCCACCGCUACCUGGGCAUCUGCCACCCCAUCCGCUCCCUGAAGUGGGUGAACACCAAGCACGCCCGCAUCAUUUGUAUGGGUGCCUGGCUUGUCGUCACCAUCUGCCUCAUACCCAACAUCAUUUUUGUCACCACCAGCUCCAAGGGCAACAGUACCCUGUGCCACGACACCACCAAGCCUGAGGAUUUUGACCAUUACGUGCACUACAGCUCCUCCGUCAUGGCCCUCCUCUUCGGGGUCCCCUUCCUGGUGACUGUCCUGUGCUACUGCCUGAUGGCCAAGAGACUCAGCAAGUCCAGCUUCUCCAGCCCCGGCCACCGAAUGCCCUCCUACAAGAAGCGCUCCAUCAAGAUGAUCAUCGUUGUGCUCACUGUCUUUGCCAUCUGCUUUGUGCCCUUCCACAUCACCCGGACCAUCUACUACACCUCCCGCUACGUCCAAGCCGACUGCCAGACCCUCAACAUCAUCAACCUCAGCUACAAGAUCACGCGGCCCCUGGCCAGCAUCAACAGCUGCCUCGACCCCAUCUUGUACUUCAUGGCUGGGGACAAGUACCGGGGUCGGCUGCGCCGGGGGCCAGCCCAGCGCCUCCAGCCCACACCCAUGUGCAACCUGGCCCUGGUAUCCCCCUCCAUGGACAACGUCGCGGGUGGUAGCCACGCUGCCAGUGACACCCGAGGGACGGGGACAGCACGGAGUGGAGGCGGGUGCUGA